AUAUAAAGCUCAUCUUAGUACAAGAUAUGUCACUGUCACAGCAUGGCAGCUCUAAUAAGAAAAUGUGUGACUACAAAAUCUCUAAAUCGAGUCCUUGGGGUUAAAUUCAUUCGUCAUAGAACGUUUUAUAAUGAUGCACUUUUGCCUGAAACGCAUAGAAUAUUUAAAAAUUCCCUUCGUGAAUUAGUAAAUGAGGAAAUUGCUCCUCUGGCUGCCAAAGCUGAUGAAGAGGGUAAAUUUCCUAUGGAGAAUAUGAGGAAACUAGCAGAUCUUGGAGUUUUCGGGCUAGUAGUACCUGAAGAAUAUGGUGGUUCAAAUAUUGGAACCUUGGCAUAUGCAAUAGCUAUGGAAGAAAUUUCAAGGGGUUGCGCUACUACUGGAACAGCAGUUACUGGACAGACAUCUUUAUUUAUAAAACCACUUUUAAAUUUUGGUACGCGCGAACAAAUAGAAGAAUACAUAACACAUUAUGUCAAAGGUGAUAGAAUUGGCUCAUUUUGUCUUAGCGAAUCGGAUAACGGCAGUGACGCGGGAGCAGCUAAAACAAAGGCCACUUUGAAAGAUGAUCAUUGGAUUUUAGAGGGUACCAAGACAUUCGUGUCUCAUGGAACAUUACCAGGUGAUAUGAUUGUAAUGGCAACCAGCGAUAAAAAAUUGAAACAUAAAGGAAUAAGCGCUUUCAUUGUUUCGAAGCAACAUGAAAGUUGUAUCAUUGGUAAGCUUGAAAAAAAGCUAGGAAUAAGGGGUAAUCCUACUGUUCAAAUAAAAUUUGAAGAGACCAAAAUCCCCAAAGACAGAAUAUUAGGAAGACAAGGAUACGGAUUUAAAAUAGCUAUGACUACAUUAGAUGGUGGAAGAAUAGGAGUUGCCGGGUUAGCGUUAGGAAUAGCUCAAGCUUCACUAGACUGUGCUAUAAAAUAUUCAACAGAACGUAAGGCAUUUGGAAUAGUACUAUCGAACCUUCAAGCUAUUCAACUAAAAUUGGCAGAUAUGCAAAGUAAGAUCGAAGCUUCUAGACUGUUAACGUGGAAUGCAGCCAUGCUAUUUGAUAAGGGAGAAAAUAUCACAAAGGAAGCAGCUAUAGCUAAAUUAACGGCAUCUGAAACUGCCACGUUUUGUUCACACCAAGCAAUUCAAAUCUUGGGUGGAAUAGGUUAUCUGCAAGACAUGCCAGCAGAACGUUAUUAUAGAGAUUCGAGAAUAACUGAAAUAUAUGAAGGUACGUCCGAAAUCCAAAGAUUAGUCAUAGCUGCCAACAUGAUGAGUACAUACAACGUAUAA